UGGAAGAAAGUUCAAGUUCAAGAGGGCAAAUGUAGGGGCGCUAAUGCAGUUUCGCACCGGCCGAUUACCAGCAUAGGGCCUACCUCAUCACCAAUACUACCAUGAGUAUGAGUGACUACUUGUUCCCAAACAAAUGUCAUGACAAGUCUCUCAGUCACAUUUCGAGGUCAAUAUACUCUUUCCAAAUAUCGGGAACGGCUGUAUUUCAUCUUUGAUCUCGAUGUCAUUCGAAUCCUCGGACAUCACUUCGCGGAUCACUUGGAUUCGCCAUGUGAGAUGUUAUAUCUGGCCUGUAGUGCUGCUUUAACCUGUUUCCUCCUUUUUUCAUAUGAAGAGAAUUUUGUUCCAUCCCUUCCUGCCUUAGACUAUUUUAAUAUUUUGUCUUUAUUAAAUUUGUAGCAAUGGCGGACUCAGCACCAGCAGACGCAGCACCAGCCGGUGGUAGAGGAGGUUUUCGUGGCGGCUUUGGGUCAGGUGGCCGUGGUAGAGGUAGGGGUCGCGGACGUGGCCGUGGACGAGGUCGUGGUAGGGGCAAGCCAGAGGACAAGGAAUGGCAGCCAGUUACCAAACUUGGCAGAUUGGUAAAAGACCUGAAGAUCAAGGAUCUGGAAGAGAUCUACCUGUUCUCUCUGCCCAUCAAGGAAUUUGAGAUCAUUGACUUCUUCCUUGGCCCCGCCCUCAAGGAUGAGGUGCUCAAGAUCAUGCCAGUCCAGAAGCAGACCCGUGCUGGACAGCGCACAAGGUUCAAGGCUUUUGUAGCUAUUGGUGACCACAAUGGUCACAUUGGUCUUGGAGUGAAGUGCUCUAAGGAAGUAGCCACAGCCAUCCGUGGGGCUAUCAUCUUGGCUAAGCUCUCUAUCAUCCCAGUCAGGAGGGGCUAUUGGGGUAACAAGAUCGGCAAGCCCCACACUGUACCCUGCAAGGUUACAGGAAAGUGUGGCAGUGUCUUGGUGCGUUUGAUCCCAGCACCUCGUGGUACCGGUAUCGUCAGUGCCCCCGUACCCAAGAAGCUUCUCCAGAUGGCUGGUAUUGAGGACUGUUACACCAGCGCCUGUGGACAGACGGCUACCCUUGGCAACUUUGCUAAGGCAACAUUCCAGGCCAUCUCCAAGACGUACAGCUACCUGACGCCUGACAUGUGGAAGGAGACCAUCUUCAGCAGGUCACCUUACCAGGAGUUCACCGACCAUCUGGCCAAGAACCAUAAGGGACAACCCAAGCCUAAACUCGAAGCCUAAGUCACACCCCUUCCGCCCCCUUCCUGAUCACAGUGAAGGAGGGGUAAGGGGGGUAGCGGCCUCUGAUUAUCGGGGCUUAUUUAGUAAGCCUUGAAUACCCCUCUGGUAAAGGAGGGUUCCCCGCUAAAAGCGGGGCUCCUGGCUGAAAGCCGGGAAAACAUUGCUAUGUAUAAAACAUUGCUCUGUACUGCAAGUAAGAUAAUUUUUCAUUCUCUCUAAUUCACUUGCCUUCAGGUGUAUUUCCAUCUUAGCUUUAUUAAAGCUACUUUUGACAGAUAGCUUUUCAAUAGAAGUCCACCUUGUCUGCCAACACACUAAGUCAAAUGAUUUAGAAAUGUAAUGGAGAAUGUAUCGAGAAAAAGCAAGUAAAAAAAGAGAAAAACUGUCAA